AUGUAUACAUCUGGUUUUAUGAUUGGUUUCUCUACAUGUGCCAGGUUAUAAGGAGCUAGAGUACCCAUGGAUUGUUCAAUGCAAUCAGGGGUCCUUGAACUCUCAGGCUAAAGCUCAUGACCAGACAGGGGUUAGCAUCGUCGUUCCGCAAACAAGAGCCGAAUCGGAUAGCAACUCAAUUAAUCCUCGUCGCACAGAAUCUCGACGUAACUAUACCUGAUUUUGAGACUGUGAGGAAAUAUAGCACAAAGGUUGAAUCAUGAAUUUCUGAUCGAUGCCAGAAGUAUAUAGAAGUAAAGUGAAAUUCAUCAUCAAGAUAAUACAAUGUUGCAGCCUCGAGUCUAGCUAUAGGAUUGACACGCAGUUGAGAUGCUGGGGAGACGGAGCAAAAUUACCCUCGUUGCCUUUGGUGGUGUUUGUGUCACAAUCCUUUUAUUUGUUUGGAGUAAAAGCAAAAUCGAAGGUCAGUCUUUGACGAGAGCUGAGAUUUCACAACAUCAAGUCAGGCAGAAACUGAUCAGAGGGAAAUAUAAAAGGAACAAAUAUGACUACACAUCUCAGUCCAAAUCUCAUUCUAUCUACAGCAGCCAGGUCGAAGCAGACCGUCAACACUUCGGCAUUCUCCAGGAACGCCUUGCUAGGUUGAAAGAACAUUGUAAUCUGGUGCAAAGCCCUGACUCAAAAAAACGAGACGUGGCCAAACAUCCACCAGAUAACCUUGUAGUCAAUGAAGAGCACCGUAUCAUAUAUUGCAACGUACCCAAAGUGGGUUGCACCAACUGGAAGUCAGUUUUCUUGAAGUUAGCAGGGUUUGAUCAAUUCAACAUUUCAGCUCUAGAUCAUCUCGGUCCGAAUGCCAAAGGCAGACUUUACCUCGAUUAUCUCCACAAGUACCCCAAUGUAAGUCAACGGCGGUUCAUGCUACAGAACUACACCAAAAUCGUUUUUGCGAGGCAUCCAUUUACUCGGCUCCUUUCGGCUUUCCGAAGCAAACUUGCACCAAAUAUAUCCUUCUAUUUCCACCCCUUAUUAUUAGGAGAUGAGAGAUUGAGAGACCAGUGGUUUAAAAAAUAUGGACGACAAAUUAUCGAGAGGUACCGUGGCAAAGCCGAGGCUAAUCGUGUCAGUUCAAACUGGAGUCGAGAGUACGAUCUAACGUUUUCAGAAUUCAUUCGUUUCUUGGUAGAUCCUUACACAGAUUCCUACAACAAACACUGGUCUGAUAUUCAUUCUAUGUGUCUACCUUGUGACAUCGACUAUGACGUCAUCGGGAAAUACGAAACUAUGACCGAGGAUGCUGAAUAUGUUCUCCGAUUAGCCAACGUGGAUCCAAAAAUCAGAUUUCCCACACCAGAUCCGACGACAAUGACCAAUAGUUCAGAUGGAAAACUUGUCGAUGGUUACUACAAAGAAGUACCAAAGUUGUUGUUGUAUCAACUGGCCAAACUCUAUGAUAUAGAUUUUGAAUUAUUUGGUUAUGAUCCUGUGCCAUUUCUAAACAUCUGAUUUAAUUCAUGAAGGAACAAUUCUGUCUUCCUCUUCGCUUUGUGAGACAUUUAUUCGAGUGUAAUGAUAAGGGUUAAAAACGAAAAUUGAGAGAAGGGGAUUAGUUAUACCGGAGUGUUGGCUCAGUCAAUAGAGCGUCUGCCUCACAACCGGGAGGUGGUGGGUUCGAACCCCUGCCGCGUCAUACCAAAAGAU